UUUUUACAGCUUCUCAACUGGAAUAUCACACUUGCAGAGUUUUAUCUUUAGAUGAAUAACUAUCAUCAUAUCCGUUGAAGUAACGAACUUUUCUCCCUUUGGUUCUUUAAUUCGUUGAUAUCCGGCUUGAACUGAGGCACAUCGCUCGUUUGUAACGAACUUCUUCAAUUCAAAUUGUCAUAUGUGAGAAAUUCCUCGCGCACGCGCGAAUGCUUCGGACAAUUAGUCUGUUCUUUUUAGCUGAACUGCUGCACUUGUGCAAUAAGUUAAUGUGAGAAUACAUAUACUUGUCUCGCUUCAACUUAUUGUAUUAGUUCAGCGGUGCAGCUAAAAAGAACAGGUCAAAUAUCUUUCAAAAGUUUUGCCGUUUCGAGUCCCUUUACAAGAGAAGGAUUUUAUUCUUCCGUUUUGACAUCGCCUUCUUCGUUCCUCUGAACGAUUGGUUAAUUGCAAUAUCAUCGUCAAAACGUGACCAAUCGGUGCGAUUGUGAUGGAUUGCAACUGGAAUUCGAUAAAUUUAUUAAGUUUGAUAUAAUUCAGUUGAAAAUUCAAAUAAUACUUGUAACAUUAAACUUAAAUAAAGCGAUAAAUAAUUAAUAUCUAAUAAUUUACAUCAGCAAUCGCUUCUUGUUGGAACGACCACACGCCGAUUGGCUGCUGCAUAGUGAUUUUCUAGAGUCCUUGAAGCGACUGAUCGGCACUCCAAAAACUCUCUAUCUGACAGCCAAUCAAUACGUCCGACAAACUUGCCAUACGUUAGACGAAAUAAUCGUCUAACUUCAUGUUUAUCCUAAAUCUAAAUUGUGUUUGGUGUCGCCACUGCGAGUGAGUCAAGACGAUCCUCGGGACGAUCAAGAGUAUCCCGCCAGCGCAGAGGCGAGUUGUGUUUCUGGUUGACUUAGUUUAGGUGGGAUUCCGCACGUUCUUCCUCGUCAAAUGCAUCGAUCACAACAAUCACGACAGUGAGACACCGAGUGAGACGUUCAGACCCGACCGUGAUCGGUAGUUCGAACCUCCACAUCAGUCUUUCACCGGCACUGUACGAUGGCCGAUUCCAGUGACUUGGAUCGGCAAAUCGAGCAGCUGAAGAAGUGUGAGAUCAUCAAGGAAGCUGAGGUCAAGGCCUUGUGUGCCAAAGCACGAGAGAUCCUUAUUGAGGAAAGCAAUGUUCAACGUGUCGACUCACCUGUCACAGUAUGUGGGGACAUUCAUGGACAGUUUUACGAUUUAAAGGAAUUGUUCAAAGUAGGUGGUGAUGUGCCAGAAACGAAUUACCUUUUUAUGGGAGAUUUCGUGGACAGAGGCUUCUAUAGUGUUGAAACAUUUCUCCUCCUUCUUGCAUUAAAGGUUCGUUAUCCUGACAGAAUCACACUGAUAAGAGGGAAUCAUGAAUCUCGACAAAUAACACAAGUUUAUGGUUUUUAUGACGAGUGCUUACGCAAAUAUGGGAGUAUAACAGUAUGGCGAUAUUGCACGGAGAUAUUUGAUUACCUGUCACUAUCUGCUAUCAUUGAUGGCAAGAUAUUCUGUGUUCAUGGUGGAUUAUCGCCUAGUAUUCAAACAUUGGAUCAAAUCCGGACUAUAGAUAGGAAACAAGAAGUUCCCCAUGAUGGGCCGAUGUGUGAUUUGUUAUGGUCAGAUCCUGAGGAUACCCAAGGCUGGGGUGUGUCACCUCGUGGAGCAGGUUAUCUUUUUGGUAGUGACGUUGUUGCACAAUUUAAUUCUGCGAACGAUAUCGACAUGAUAUGCAGAGCUCACCAGCUAGUAAUGGAAGGCUACAAGUGGCAUUUUAACGAAACGGUGUUGACCGUUUGGUCCGCGCCGAAUUAUUGUUACAGAUGCGGUAAUGUUGCCGCGAUAUUGGAGUUGAACGAACACUUGCAAAGAGACUUCACGAUAUUUGAAGCCGCGCCCCAAGAAAGUCGCGGAAUUCCCAGCAAAAAGCCGCAAGCCGAUUACUUUUUAUAAACAAAUCAUUUUUAGAGUACAAAAAGAAACCAUCGGCAUCGAACCGACUCGGGGUUUCCAUCUUCUGUUACUCUUCCCUGAUCUAUCUUGGUUCCGUUCUCCCCCCGAGCAGUUUGCGUCAAUCAUGAGAAAUACUGAGCGGCUUGCUAUUUUUUUUAUGGCAUUAUAACAUCCGUAAUUGGAUCGUUGAUAAUCGUAUAAUUAUUUCGAUAGGAUCACGAUGAUAUGUGUAAGGAACUGAUGUAAAAUAAAGUAAAACUUGCCUCUA